AUGCGAACUGGAAAAUCAAUAGACGAUACUCGACCAGCUAAACGCUUCAAGUCAGAAGACAUAAAACUAGAAAUUACUCAAACUGGAUUUGACUCUACUGAUGUGAAAGAUGUGGUUUUGAGAGAAGAAGAUAGUGUGGUUAUCAAGCAAGAACCAGAAGAAAAACUUGACUUUUCACCAUACAAUAUAGAAGAACCAUAUUCAACCGAAAACCAGAAAAGCUACUGUCAAAGAUGCAAUCAAUCAUUUGAAACAAGUGCUAUUUGCCAAGAACAUAUCAAGACAGCACACAGCCAAGGAACAACACAGACAACGCCAAAUGAAAGUGUAUCUUCUGAUGCGCCACUUGGUCUCAGUAAACCUACUUAUUACUGCGAUGCAUGUAAUCUGUCCUACAAGACAAAGACACACUAUUCAAGACAUCUUGCUAAAAAGCAUUCUACAAAUACAGAGCAAGGCAAUACCGACCUUCAGUCUGAUAUCAGCAAUCCUGACCUUUACUGUCAAUUAUGUGAAAGAAUGUUUUCGUCCAAGUCAAAUCUUAGCACUCAUCUUAGAAAGAGACACAACAUAGACAGAAGAUCACGUACUUUUUCCAACCCAAAUAUUCAGCCGGACCCUAAUGACCCCAAUUACUACUGUAAAUCAUGCGAAAGAAGCUAUUCAAACAAGAUCAGUUUCCAAAACCAUCUUAAACACUUGCAUGAUAUUAAAUUCUCGCAAAAACCCAUUAUUGUCAAUCCAAACAUUCAACCAUAUCCCAUUGACCCCAUUUACUACUGCAAAUUAUGUGAAGAAACAUUCGCAUGCAAGGAGACCUUUAAGUGUCACCUCAAAAACGUACAUAGUAUGGCGCCAAUUCCAAGUCGUAUCACUGCUGGUCCUAACAUUCAGCCGGAUCCUAAUGAUCCCAAUCACUACUGCAGGUCAUGUCAAAGAACUUAUUCAUCCAAGUCAAAUUUCAAUGCUCAUCUUAGAACUCUACACAGCAUGACUAUAAGAUCACGCAAUAUUAUCAACUGA